CAUCUCGCGUCACUCGAGCGAACGUUCGCGCGAGACGUGCGUUUCUAUGUCGCGUCUCGAUCCUCGAUGUCAAUCCUCCAUCUGUGAGCCUUUGUUUUUUUUUUCGCCGGCGAAGAACGCAAUGCGACCGAAAUGCACAAGUGCAUACGCGAACGGUGCAUCCGAACGGCGCGACCGGACGGAGUUGGCGAAGGUCAGUGGCGCAGGCGUGAUGACGGAAGUCGAUAGGUGUCGAUAAGGCGCGCACGCACACGUAGCGGGCCCCUCGCGUCACAUAACCUAGAAAUCCGCCGAGCGCGUAAACGUCCAACGCGACCGUCGUCGUCGUCGUCGUCGUCGUUCGCGCGACGACGUGACGUUACGUGACGCGACGUGACGUGUGAAGUAUACACGUGCUGAAAACGAGGUGUUGACGGAGGUGUCGUGGAGUUGCGCGGUUCGUUAGUCUCUUCGCGUUCUUUGUCUCGACGUCCACGAGACGACCGAGUGAAAGACGACGUGUAUGGACUAUCGGGAAAGAUUGCUGGUCCGUAUGAAAGAUGGGUCAUGGGUCGAGCCGUUCUGCCUCAUCAGCGAACAUCCUCUCUGCAGAGGAGCUGACACUAGUGGAGAAUCUGUUUAAGUCCAUGUCUCGUAGCUCAGGUUCUAUCAAACGUGAAGAUAUAUUCAAGCAUUGGUCAACACAUUUAGACGAUUUACUGCUGCAAUUUGUGGUACGCUUCCUCUGCCAUGAGCCAGGCAAGAGGGUCUCCGCUGUCAAUUGCGAGAAUUUCGGUCGGCUUUACGUGUUCGCUGUGCGAGGUAGCACCGAGGAACGCACGAAUUUGAUUUUUGACGGUUUCUCGGAGGAAGAGCAGAAGUAUGAGAUGCCCACCGAUACGUUCCUCAAGUAUAUUCAAGCAACGAUCAACUCCUACCUGCGACUGCAGAAGAACUCUGCUAACGCGCACUACCUCACCUGGAGCAACAUUGGCUGCACCGUGAACACCAGGCGCAUCGGGAUGCGUUCCCGGAGCCUUUGCGAGGAUCUCAUCAAGUACGGGGAUGUGUUGACCGUCGACCAGGUGCAGAACUGGUUCACGACGGCAGCUACGUUCAAGAGCAUCCAGUCGCACGUUUUCCAGUACCUCUAUCUAGUCUCUCAGAAGAAGGGUGAUAAGAAUACGAGCGCGCGAAUAAACGACCUCAAUCUUCUGCCGAUCUGCGGCGGUUUGGAGAACACGCCGCAUUUUCCUAGUAUACUAGGACUGGGAGACGUACUGUUCCUGAACCUGAGCCUGCCGCACGAGCUCCGUAACGAGUGGCGUUUCUUAUUCUCUAGCCAGGUGCACGGCGAGUCGUUCUCCACUAUGCUGGGCAGGAUCGUGAUGGAAGGCGCCACGAUAAUCAUACUUCAGGACAUGGACGAUCAUGUGUUCGGCGGCUUCGCCUCCGACAGUUGGAAGUUGGGGCCGAAUUUCAUCGGGAAUCAAACGUCGUUUUUGUUCAAGCUCGAGCCGGACAUACUGACGUUCUCGGCGACGAAUUACAAUAGCCACUAUCAGUAUCUAAAUCUCCAUCAACAAACGAUGCCUAACGGCUUGCUCAUGGGGGGGCAGCUUAAUUAUCCUGGCCUCUGGUUGGAUUGCGAGUACGGCACCGGCAAGUCGAGCGUAUCGUGCACGACUUUUCAGAAUUACGUUCAACUUAGCGGUAAGGAGGACUUCAAAAUCAAACACUGCGAGGUGUGGGGAGUCGGCCCGAAGCCGUCGGACGCGCAGGAGGACGAGCGCGAGAUGAAAUCUGUGCUAGAUCAAGACCCGACAUCGAAAAUUAUGCUAGAACUGUCCGGUCGCAAGCUGCACAGCGAGGGACUCCGUGAGGAGGAACAGUAAUUGUGAUGUGCAUUUAGAGAUUUUUACGGAAGUCGUAGAGAAAAAACGAGAGAGAGAGGAGAUUAGCUAUAAAGAUAUUUACAAAUAUUUGAAACGUUAAUCGAUUUCGAAUAAAGUCUGUGUAAAUCUGUUAUCAAUCUUGACAAUUAUUGUAUAAUGGAAUACGCGGGUACAAGAAACGUAUUUAGUAAACUGUUAUAGACUCGUAAUUGCGCUUCACGACAUGAUAAAGAGCAAGGAAAGAAGGAAACUCAUGGUAAACUUCGCGAUGCACAAUUUAUGCGACUGUGCAUAUCGGCGGAGUAUGUUAAAAGGGAUCCGUGUGAUAACGCCGCGAGAGGCAAUCAAAGCGCGAAGCGGAAACAAAUUACACUUUUACGAAAGUCAUCGCAUGAAGAUUGAGUGUAACAGUCUGUCUAUUCUGUGUACGAGCGGUCUCUAUGUACAUUUCUACAGAUUUCUAUUUGUUUUGUAAUUUAUCUAACGAGGGAACGUUUCGACAAGUGAUCCUCUCCAAUCUUCAUGAACUUCGAAUAUAAUAAUAAUAAUAAUAGUAACUGUAAUAAUUGGAUAUAAUGAUAUUCCAAUGUGUAUAACAGAGAUUUCUCGAAAAUUGAUAUUUUUCGUAUCUCGAGUUCCGCAACUCUCUCACGAGAAAAACUAGUAUUUUGUUAUCUUUCCCAAUAGAACGGAGAUGACUGACGCGUGCGGAGUUGAUAGAGCAACGGCUCGUUAUCAAUAUGUCUUUUAUCCCGAGACACAUACGCCAACGACAUAUCCAGAAAGAAUCGAAGUCAGAGAGAGUCGGACACAUCCAAACGUUUCCCUGUGCGUAUUAUUAGGACUUUUGUCCCUUUUUAAACGGCCUGAUGAGUCUCGAUUUGCCACCAUUAUUUUCAUUCGGUCACUCGAUUAUGACUUCUCGUGUAACUUCAUUACGUCGUGUAUACGUGUAUUUAUGAAUUCUCAGCGCUAUGAUAUCAAAAGUAUAUCAUGCCAAUCGCGCUGCGUGGCCUGAAUGCCUAUUGUCUAGUGCCUGACGAGUCGGUUGUUAAUUGUUAUAAUUUAUCAUUCUCCGUAUGUUGAUUAUAUAAACGAAACGUGUGCCAUACAAAUUGCUCUUGUUAACUAAGACUGUGUAUAAUUGUGUCGUAUGAGGAAGUAAGAAGAAAAUCUAUCACCGCGCAAACAACGAUCGCCAGCGAUCAUUUGCCGACUACAAGUCGAAACAGGAAACUUUCUGCACUAUUAUAAAAUCUAUGGGAAGUUCAAUAAACAAUCAAACGCUA